AUGUCCUUUUUGAGACGAAUCCAUAUUGAAAACAAUGAUAAAGAUUUCUUUUGCGCAACCUGCAAGAAAACAUUUUCCCAAGAGUUGACUUACCAAGAGCAUUUAAACAUUCAUUCUGGAAAACGCCCAUUUUCAUGCAAACUAUGCACUGCUUCGUUCAGUGCUAGACAACGGCUCAAUGUACAUUUACGACAAAUUCACUCGGAUAAGCAAUUCAAAUGCCCAACUUGUAAUUAUGUAGCCAAACAUAAAGGCAAACUAAUUGCCCACAUACGGUGUGUCCACGUUAAACCAUUUACAUGUGCUAUAUGUGGCUACAAAGCCGGUUCAAAAUCACACAUUCGGCAACACAUUACGAAUCAACAUACUCCAGCAUCAUGGACUUUGAAAAAAAAUACCAAAAAAAGCGAUAAUCGUCUGUUUUGCACAAUUUGCAAGAAAACAUUUCCCCAUGAGUUGGAUUACCAGGAGCAUUUAAACGUUCAUUCUGGAAAACGCCCGUUUUCAUGUAAACUAUGCACUGCUUCGUUCAGUGCUAGACAAGGGCUCAAUGUACAUUUACGACAAGUUCACUCGGAUAAGCAAUUCAAAUGCCCAACUUGUGAUCAUGUAGCCAAACACAAAGGCAAACUAAUGCAACACAUAAAGUGUGUCCACGAUAAACCAUUUACAUGUGACACGUGCGGAUACAGAACGGGCGAAAAAGGAAAACUUCAGCAUCACAUUGGCAGUAAACAUUCUUUGACCAUGUCUUUUGUUUGUGAAGUCUGCGGUAAAGGGUUCGGAACCAACACUUCUAUGCAAAUUCACAUGAGAAAUAUGCAUUUCCCUGAGCCGAGAGUUUGUCAAAUCUGUGGUACUGUUUGUCCUUCAUAUUCGAAAUACAACGCGCAUAGAUUCAAAUGUGGCAAAGAGAAACAAAAAUACGAAUGUGAGAAGUGCGGACAAAAGUAUAAUAAUCCCGAAGUCUUGGGAAAAAAUGCAAUGUAUUUUUUAUAUUCAGCUCUCGUGAAAGGAAUUCUAAUCAUGAUAUCAUUAAAGUCGGCAUCCUUUGGCCCUGAUUUUGAAAUAGUCAUAUUUUAUGCAUCAACUGGACCACUUCUAUUCAAGAUCGUUCGAUUUAUCCAAAAUUUCUUCCCUAUGCCAAUAACGGUGGCUCAUUUGUUUGUACUUCUUUCGUUACUGGGCGUUGGAACGCAACUUAAACAUUUGCGAAAUGCAAUGCUGAAGAGAAAUGCACAUAUCGAGUUGGAACUAGAGGAGAAUGGUGGAAUUCGUACUAUGGGUUGA